AUGGAUAUCGGACCAACGUUUAAAGGUUAUAUCGAGGACGAAAACGAUGUCCUCCUCGUUUUACAAGCGACAUUAGAUGGUAAAUUAAAACACAUUCCAAGGAGACCAUAUGAAGUGGAGAGAAGAUAUUUAAUCGUUUCAGGAUCAAUAUUUGUUUUCAUUGAAGAAAUUUCUGGUAUUAAGCGUUGGACAGACGGUGUCUCAUGGUCACCAAGUAGAAUUUCUGGUAAAUUUUUAAUGUACAAGGAAUUGGAUAAAUCUGUUCAAUAUCCACCUAUGGGAUCGAAUCGUAAGAGGUCAGGCACAACGUCGACAUUCUCAUCACCAUCAUCAUCAUCACCAUCAUCGCCAAAAUUAAAGAUGAGUUCACUGACACCUGAUCAAGUAGGUACUGGCGGUGAUAGAAGAGGCCUUGUACCUGCAUCGCCAUCAAGUGGUAGUAGUGGGAGUAGCAAUAAUUCAUUAGUUCAUGCGCACUUUUCAACACCUCACCAAGCUUUUUCACCUUUACAUCAGCAUCGUCAUCAGCAUCAGCAUGAUUCAAAAUAUACGGGAUUUGUUAAAAAGACUAUGAGCGUUAGGAUCAAAACGCCUGAUAUGAUGUCACCAGAGACUUUGCAUAUUGUUUCUUACUAUGCUGUUGAAGAUGUUCAGUCUGGUAAACUAAUUAGACCAAGGGAUUUACCAUUUUUUAGUGGUACAAAACCAUCACAAGAAUUAUUGAUAGCUAUGGAAAAUACCUCGUUAGGUUCUCAUAGUAAAUCAGGUUCAUCAACAGCUGUUAAUUCACCAUUAGCGACCGGUGCUAAUACUAGUGGUAAAAUGAAAUUCAUCGGUAUUAAUAGUACUGCUGGCAGUAUGAGGGAUUCACAACCACAGCAACAACAGAAACAAAAACUAGAAAAUAACGAUAACUUUUAUCAGCGACAGGAACAACAACAGCUACAACAAUCUAAACCAGUUCUGCCGAAUAUGCAGCCACUGCCGGGCUUAAGAAUUCCCUCUUUGACCUCCAUCUAUAACAUUAAUAAUAAUAAUAAUAACAAUAGUCAACCUAAUGGUGGAACAGCAUUACCUCCACAUCCAAAAUUCACGAGGUUUAUUGGAAGCCCAUUACCAAAUCCUUAUUUGAAUAAUCCACAUCAAAGUUAUCAAUUGACGAAUGCUAGAAAUACAACAACUGCAAAUGCUCCUCCUCCUCCUCCUCCUCCACCACCUGCACCACCUAUGAUAAACAAGCUCAACGAAAGAUUUUACAGUUUCCCGCCAGGUUAUGUUUAUUAUGGUAGUUCACCCCAUCAGAAUAGUAGUCUUUUUUACCCUUUGCCUACUACUGCACCAUCGACUAUGGCAACGGCAACUCAAUUACCACAUCCACCAACAAGUACAAAUACAAAUACGACUUCGACCAACGUUCCAGAUCUACAGGAUGGGACAUCUUCUGGACCAACUUUUAGAAGGGCGCCGGCGGAUGCUGGAGAUUAA